AUGGCGGCGGGGACGACGACGACGACGACGAAAAAACUGGAUCCGAGUGCUCGAAAACCGCUUCUACUGCGAAAGAAAAGUGUAUUCUUGUUUGGUAAAUCAGUUUCGCCGCCGGAUUCAUUCAAGGAGGCAAAGACGCAAGCUGUUGCAACGACUGUUAAAACUGAAGUGGUUCCUACAUUGCAAAUCAAAGAUGAUGAGGAAUUGAUCAAGGGAUUGUCGAAGAGUUUGAUUGGACAUCAAUGGUUUCAUGGAGUUAUGCCGAGAGAGGAGAUUAAUGAUUUGUUGAAGGUUUGUUGGUGAAGUUCAGUCAAGAUGGAGGCCUUUUCCGGUGAUUUCAGAGAUUUUUAGCUUCACUGUGUUUCACAGAAAAAAUAAUUUAAAAUGAGAUUUGGUACAUCUAUAGGUUCGAACCCACUGACCUCAAAUCCGUUGUCAAAAAUUGCCAAAAAAAAGUAGUUCGGCGGGUGUUGUCGAACCCUGGUUUUGCAAAUAGUAGGCAGCCACACAAACCACUCGACCACGCUGCUUAAAAACUUUUGCACCAUCGAGCGUGUUUUUUAAUGACAGUGAAAAAAAACAGCGUGGUCGAGUGGCUUGCGUGGCUGCCCAUUAUUUGCAAAGCCAGGGUUCGACCCCGCUAGCCGAACUACUUUUUUGGGCGAUUUUUGAAAACCCGAUUCGAGAUCAGCGGGUUCAAAUCCAAAUGUUUCAGAUCAAUGGCGACUACCUUGUUCGAAAAACCACCGAAAAGCGUCGUCCGAUCAUUUGCCUUUCAGUUUUUCACAACAAAGAAGCUCGACACUUUCCACUAAAUUGGGAAAACGGAACAUGGUUCAUUAAAAAUGCAAGUUUUAUUCUCAAUUGA